GUGUUGAUAUUGACAUUGAACGUUUUAGCAGUUAAAUGGGUAACGCAUUAAAAACAAAAAUGUCAAAUAUUUUACAUGAAGUCGAUACUCCUUUCGAAAAAGCAACCUUUGGAAUGGGUUGCUUUUGGGCAAAUGAUGCUUUAUACGGUGCUCAACCAGGAGUCCUGAGAACGAGAGUAGGAUACGCAGGAGGUACGACUGAACAACCUACAUAUAGAAGCAUAGGUGACCAUACCGAAGUAAUAGAAAUUGAUUUUGAUCCAAAAGCGGUGAGCUACGAAAAGUUGUUGAGUCUAUUUUGGAAAAAUCACGAAUAUGGACUCACAACCAAAAUUAAGAAACAGUAUGCUUCAGUUAUUUUAUAUCACAACGAUGAGCAGAAACAGUUGGCUGAGAAAUCAAGAAAAGAAGAAGCGGAGAAGCAUAAUGUUCCUUUAAUAACUGACAUUGUUUCAGCAGGACCAUUUUAUCCAGCAGAAGACUAUCAUCAAAAAUACCGUCUACAAAAGCACUCACUGUUAUGCAACGAAUUAUCCUUGACACCAGCGCUUCUACAAAAAUCUCACGCUGCAGCCCGCUUAAACGGAUAUGUAGCAGGAGUUGGAACAAAAGACGAACUAGAAAAAGACCUGGUAAAAUUGGGAUUAUCAGAAAAAGCUGCAGAAUUGGUCAGAAAUCAGUUUAAAGAAAAUCAAGGUGGCGGCUUGUAUUGCUGAUAUAGAAGAAAUUUGAGCAAAAGCCUCAAACGUCACCAAGAAAAUGAGUGUAUGAUUAUUUGAAUUUGAUGAAACAUGACUUUUACUUAAUUGAUAAAAGUGGUUUUACACUUAUUAAAUUAAUUAUCAUAAUUUGUUUCCUUAUUUUUAUGCUUUUGAAGAAUUCAUUUUGAUAAAUUCGAUUAAAUGUGGAAUUUAAUGUUUGUAGUAAUUAUAUAAUUGUUUAUCAAAGCAUUAAUUUCACAUUAUUAAUAUAAUAUGAAACAUAAGUAUUAAUAUAUUGUAAUUGCCUAUAAAUAAAUAUAUUUUUCUUAUC